AUGGUAAGAGUAGUGUAACAGGUUACAAAAGAAGGUCAUAUUAGAGUUCAUUGAACUCUGUUACCAUCAGAAUUGUAGGUCAAAGUAUUGGAGAAAAAGAUAGCAAUGCAAACAAUCCCUGAGGCACUGUUACGGUUAAUGGCAACCAAAUUUGGAUUUAAUAUGGACACAGUGAAUGGGAAUCGGAAAACAUUCAAACUUCAUAUCAACGACGAUGAAGCCACCAAUAGAUUGUGUAAGUGAACAUACAAACUCAACGAACUAAAAAGUUUUUUAUAUGGUUUGGGCCUAGUUUAACCUCAACCAGCUUAUAUUUUAGCCCAAACUUGUGACGACAAGUUCCUGAAGCCGGAAGAUGUCUUCGCUGAAGCCACAAACGAAGAGAAUUACGCGACGAUAGCCUCGGGAGUGAACGAAAAUGUAUUCGAAGCGAAGGAAAACGAUAAAUAA